AUGGCGGAUCAACAUGAAGUCGAUCUCGACUCCAUCAUCGAUCGGCUGCUCGAGGUGCGAGGAAGCCGGCCCGGCAAGCAGGUCCAGCUGCUCGAGGCCGAGAUUCGAUACCUGUGCACAAAGGCCCGUGAGAUCUUCAUCUCCCAACCCAUCCUGCUAGAGCUAGAAGCUCCCAUCAAGAUUUGUGGUGAUAUCCACGGCCAGUAUUACGACCUCCUCCGCCUUUUCGAAUACGGCGGGUUCCCGCCAGAGGCCAACUACCUCUUCCUCGGUGAUUACGUCGACCGUGGCAAGCAGUCUCUCGAGACCAUCUGCCUGCUCCUGGCCUACAAGAUCAAGUACCCCGAAAACUUCUUCAUCCUGCGGGGCAACCACGAGUGUGCCUCCAUCAACCGCAUCUAUGGCUUCUACGACGAGUGCAAGCGUCGUUACAACAUCAAGCUGUGGAAGACAUUUACGGACUGCUUCAACUGCUUGCCCAUUGCUGCCAUCAUUGACGAGAAGAUCUUCACCAUGCACGGUGGCCUGAGCCCCGAUCUGAACUCCAUGGAGCAGAUCCGCCGUGUGAUGCGCCCUACAGAUAUCCCCGACUGUGGUCUGCUGUGCGAUCUGCUGUGGUCUGACCCCGACAAGGAUAUUACUGGCUGGAGCGAGAACGAUCGUGGUGUCUCCUUCACGUUCGGUCCUGAUGUUGUCAGCCGCUUCCUCCAGAAGCACGAUAUGGACCUGAUAUGCCGCGCUCACCAGGUUGUGGAAGACGGCUACGAAUUCUUCUCCAAACGUCAAUUGGUCACCCUGUUCAGUGCACCAAACUACUGUGGCGAGUUCGACAAUGCUGGUGCUAUGAUGAGUGUAGAUGAGAGUCUACUCUGCUCGUUCCAGAUUCUCAAGCCCGCUGAGAAGAAACAAAAGUACGUCACAGGCCUCGGUGGCAGGAGAACCAUGACUCCCCCCAGGAACCAUCCAUCCAAACCCUAA